GGGCUGUAGUAGGAAUGGUAAACUGGCGUCCUGGGGUGUGAGGCUGUCGGCGAAAGUGCAGAUGUAUUCGCGGAGCUGGACGGGCUAUUCUGGACAUCUGAUACACCUAAUUACUUCUGGAUCGACCUGAUUGGAGAGGACACCUUAAAACCAGUCUGAAGUCUGUUGUAUGCUGUCUUUUGGAAUGAGUCCCUGGUGACACCUGACUCCUGGACCUCUCACCAUUCCUAAGUACGGGAGUGGUUGUUGCGGUAACCAUGACAGCGUCACCGCUACGGACCAAUCGGCUGUCCUUCUCUGGACUUGCCAUCUCCCUCCUACUUUCUCUGCCUCUUGUCAAAUCACAGACUCCAUCAUUCUCAGCGACCUUUGACCCCGAGUCUGUGCCCAAUCUGCCUGAAGAGUGUCAGAGAAAAAUGCACCCUGUUACCUCCUACACAGCUUUGAGUCCAUGGCUGUCGUCUUUCUCUCUGCCUGGAGUGAAUGAUUACACACCCCUGACUCUUGACCUCACCAGAAACCAGCUGAUAGUGGGAGCCAGAAACCAUCUCUUCAGGCUGAGUCUGAGCAACGUCUCUCUCCUGCAGGCAACGGAAUGGGGUGUAGAUGAGACCACCAGGAGAUCCUGCCAGAGCAAAGGAAAGACUGAGGAUGAGUGUCAAAACUACAUCCGUGUCCUUUUGUUGAAUGGCAGCCGUUUGUUCACCUGCGGCACUAACGCUUUCAUGCCCAUUUGUACGACGCGUCCCAUCACUGACAUCACAAGCAUUCUGGAUUCUGUCAGCGGAGUGGCCCGUUGUCCUUACGACCCGCGGCACAACUCUACAGCUAUGAUAACUGAGAGCGGAGAAGUUUAUGCAGCCACAGUGACCGAUUUCUCCAGCCGGGACCCCAUUGUCUACCGCAGUCUGGGGAACAUGCCACCACUGCGCACCGCCCAAUACAACUCCAAAUGGCUCAAUGAGCCUCAUUUUGUCUCAGCGUAUGAGGUGGGUCGCUUCACCUACUUCUUCCUGAGAGAGAACGCAGUGGAACAGGAUUGUGGAAAGACGGUGUUCUCUCGCGUUGCUCGUGUGUGUCAGAAUGACGUUGGAGGCCGUUUCUUGCUGGAAGACACCUGGACCACCUUCACGAAGGCUCGACUGAACUGCUCUCGCUCUGGAGAUGUUCCAUUCUACUACCAUGAGCUGCAGAGCACCUUCUACCUGCCUGAACAGGAUCUCAUCUAUGGAGUCUUUACCACCAAUGUGAACAGUAUUGCUGCUUCAGCGGUGUGUGCGUUUAACCUCAGUGCCAUCACACGCGCCUUUAACGGACCCUUCCGUUAUCAGGAGAACCCUCGAACCAGCUGGUUAUCAACUCCAAACCCCAUCCCAAACUUUCAGUGUGGGACAGUGAAUGAUUCAGGUCCGGGUGGUAAUCUAACAGAACGCAGUCUGCAAGACGCCCAGCGGCUCUUCCUCAUGAGUGACGUGGUCCAGCCCAUCUCCUCAGAUCCUCUGGUCAUGCAGGACAACAUCCGCUUCUCCAGACUGGCUGUGGACAUUGUGCAGGGGAGAGACUCGCUCUACCACGUUAUGUACAUUGGCACAGAGUACGGCACCAUCAUCAAGGCCUUGUCCACGGCCAAUAAGAGCCUGCGUGGAUGUUACCUAGAGGAGAUGAACAUUCUCCCAGACAAAUUGCGGGAGCCAAUCCUGAACCUUCAGAUCCUGCACAGUGAUAGGUCACUUUUCGUGGGGCUCCACAGCAGAGUGCUGAAAAUACCACUGGAGAGAUGCUUCAACUACAACACUGAAGAGGACUGUCUAGGUGCCAGGGACCCGUACUGCGGUUGGGACAGGAAACAGAAACGCUGUACGACCAUUGAGGACAGUUCCAACAUGAGCCAAUGGAGCCAAAACAUCACAAAGUGUCCAGAACGGAACCUCACCCUACAUGGUGGCUUUGGCAAUUGGUCACCAUGGCAGCCUUGUAAUCAUGACGAUGGCAGUGAAGGCUCCAGUACAUGUCAGUGUCGAUCGCGGUCCUGUGAUAACCCACAACCCCAGUGUGGAGGAAUGAAGUGUGCCGGGGCCAACAUAGAGGUGGCUAACUGCUCCAGGAAUGGAGGCUGGACUCCCUGGUCCUCUUGGGCCGAGUGCAGCACAAGUUGUGGCAUCGGAUUUGAGGUCCGUCAGCGUUCCUGUAACAACCCAGCACCCCGAUAUGGAGGACGAGUUUGUGUGGGUCAGGCACGAGAGGAGAGAUUGUGUAACGAAAAAAAUCCAUGUCCGGUUCCGGUAUCUUGGGUCUCAUGGAGCGCUUGGUCCAAGUGUAGCGUUGCAUGUGGUGGUGGAGUCCAGUCUCGCAUUCGAACCUGCGAGAACGGCAACACAUGUCCUGGUUGCCCGCUGGAGUAUAAGGCAUGUAAUUUGGACGCAUGUGCAGAGGUGAGGCGGAACACGCCCUGGACGCCCUGGUACCCUGUUAAUGUGACCCAAACGGGGGCGAGACAGGAGCAGAGGUUGAGGUACACCUGUCGGGCUCUCCUUGCCGACCCUCACGACCUACAACUCGGCAAACGCAAGAUGGAGACGCGACUCUGCCCCAACACUGAUGGAGCUACUGUCUGCGAGACUGACGGUCUGGUUGAGGACUUGUUGAGAAUGGGUCGACCUGUUACACGAGUGCAAGGAGCUGCCUGGUCUUCAUGGGAAACAUGGUCUACAUGUUCUAAGGAGUGUUCCAAGGGCUUCCGAACACGCAAGCGCUCCUGUGGCACAAUAGAUGGGAAGAGCACUCCGUUUGCCUGCAGCGGGAUGCCAGUCGAGUAUCAAGACUGCAACAUUCAGCCGUGCCCAGUGAAGGGGGCGUGGUCAUGCUGGUCAUCCUGGUCUCAAUGUUCGACUUCCUGUGGGGGUGGGCACUACCAGCGCUCUCGUACCUGCUCUAGCCCCACCCCUGCUCAUUCUGGGGAUAUAUGCAUCGGCUUACACACGGAGGAAGCUCUUUGCAAUACACACGAGUGUGAAGGUGGAUGGGGGGCGUGGUCAGAGUGUAACGAGGAGGGACUUCAGCUUCGUAGUCGUGCAUGUGAAAUAAACCCCGCCACUUGCCAAGGAAAUAUCACAGACCAGAGAGUGUGUCGGCCCAAUGAGAGCUCAGUGUUCUCGACAGGACAGAAGAGCACAAACUGUGGAGGGUUCUCUCUGUUUCACUUGGUGCUGACUGGUGUUUGUUGUUUUCUGGGAGCCAUUCUCCUAUCUCUCCUGGUGUAUGUGUACUGUCAGAGACUCCAUAAACCCCCCCAAGAGUCUGCAGUGAUUCAUCCCAGCACCCCCAAUCACCUGCACUAUAAAGACAACAGCUGUGCAGCCAAGAACGACUUGUACACACCCAUGGAGUUCAAGACUCUGAAUAAGAAUAACCUGCUUCCGCCAGAUGAAAGCUGCAACUUCUUUCCUACGCCUUUGCCACAGACCAAUGUCUAUGCCACCACAUACUACCCCUCUCCUCUUGGCAAAUAUGACUUUCCUUCUUUGGAUUCACCUUGCAGCUACAUGCGCAGUUGAUCCUCACACACAUUUUAUGCUUGUUUGUGUGUGUGUGACCAUGGUUACACACUCAUGUCUGUCCAUGUAGAUGCAUCGGAAAUUGCAUGGACAUACAGGUUGUGCGUGCAAUCAGCAUCUCAAACAAAAAGAUGCAGAAACAUGCAUGAGUGGCGUGCAGAUACAAGGGACCCAAUGUAGUUUUCCAGUUGCAUUUCCUUUUAAAGUGGAACACAUUGGUUCAAUUGAUCACAUGCGUCGCAAUAAUUGCAGCCUGACACUCACAGAGCAUGCAGCACACUUGUUAAAGUUUUACAUUUAUGCAUUUGAUAUACGCUUUUUUCCGAAGCGACUUGGAUAAUAUGUGCAUUUUGUACACUUCCUGGGAUUUGAACCCAUGACCUUGGCCUUCCUAGUUUGAUGCUCUACCAGUUGAGCUACAGGAACAAGCAAAAAGGAACAAGAGUUCUUUUGCAUCAAUUUCAAACAGUACAGACUACUGUAUGCAAAGGCGUCUUCCAGUGAAUUUUGUUGUUUUUUCUGACUUGGGUUGUGUGAGGGAACCAAUGAAACACAGAACUCAAUUGAGUCUGUGAAGGAUGAAGGAGUCCAGACAUCUGUGACAUCACACGAUAUGCGUGAACAUCUGUUUCUCCUUGUUUUUGUCCUGGUUUAUGUCCUUUUUCUGCUCCAGAGCUCAAGAACUUUCAGUACUAGAUGUGAGAUACUUGGAAUCAGGAUUACUGGUUAAUACUCGUCAUACUGGUUAACGUAAUGGCAGAUGAGCCAGUGAAAGUAUGAAAAUGAACAGGGGCUGAUGGAUUCAUAAAACCGUUUGUCUAAUAAAAGACUUUCUUCUAGGAGCUUUUUCACAUGGAUAUAUGGCUUUGCUCUUUUUUUCACACCAUGACACGUCUGUCCACCACUGAACCCUGUAUGGAAAUGUCUGUCAGCCAGUGGCUUUCAAAAUGCACCCAUUACCACCCCCCAUUUGGUAUUCAUGGUCAGAUGUGUAACCUCUUUUUUUUUUUUAUGAUGAUAAUACCAUUUAUUUUUCCCUGAAGUAAGAACAAUAAAAUUAUGCAUUUCUUUUAGGAUUUUAUGCUAUUUUGAUCUUAUUUACAUGUACAUUUCUAAAUUUUACAAUUCAUUUUCAUAUACAAAUAAGCAAAUUUUUGAAGAAAAAAAAAUGUAAUUCAGAACCUACACUUCUAUGUUGAAACAUGAACAAAAUCUGGAGAACAAAAUAUAAAUAACAUGACUGUAGCCACUUACUGUGUAGUCUAAUAGUUGUUGUAACCUAAUUUAAUAUUUUAUCACAAGAUAUGCAUUUGGAUAUACAGUAUAUUUAAACAUUAUCAAACUAUUAUUUGUCAAAGUUUAGCAUUUUAAAAUUGAUUUGAAGUGUCAGUUUUUGCAGUUAAUGUCUUUAUGCGUGCAAUCAAACCUGACCAUGGUGUUACAAAGAGAAGACACAGAAUAAGCAUUUUUCUACAAAUAAUUUAUUUCAAAUAUAAAUAUUUAAUAACUCAAAGUAAAUGCAUAAUAAUAUCAAGAAAAUGAACAUCAAGAAACAGAAAUUAACUCUGGAAAAAUCUGAAAAUUCCAAUACAGUGUAAAACAGAAGAAUCAGAGUAAACAUUUUGCCAUUUCAAACUUUAUAUAGUAAAAAAUUAUUUUGCAAACGUGUGAGUGUGUGUGUGCCAGAUUGCUGUCAUCAAUUGGAAAACAACAGAUCAUUUGUAAUGCCAACAAUGACCAAAAGAUGGCUGUAGAGCUCCAGUUAUUGAUGCCCUGGUUCUGUGUGUGUGUUUGUUCUGCAUUGUGAUCGUCUCACCCCUUCAUUUCUGAGUGUGUGUUUAGCAUUGUGACUGAUUUUUUUAUUUUUUGGACAAAUGUAAAAAAAAAAAAAAAGAAAAAAAAGCUCUGUGUUAUAGUCUCACCAGUACAUUUUUUUGUGUGUGUGUGUAAGUGUGUUGGUGUGUAAAUGGGUGUGUAUGUUUUGCACUGAGGAUGUUUUAGAGUCUCACCCUGUAAUUUCUGUCUGUUUUAAGCAUUAUGGCGAUUUAUUGCUUGUAUUUGACAGUUUUUAAAAAAAAAUUGCUCUGUUUUUUUGGUCUAACCCAUUCAUUUUCAAUGAUUGGUUAGUUUUGACCACGAAUACCAAAGGUGCCUCUUUUUUUACGACCACUUAGACUUAUCUAAUCAAGCCCGUUUUUUUUUUUGUUUUUGUUUUUUUUGUUCAGAUGGCAAAUGGAGGAAAAGUCACCAAGUCUUGUACUGCUCAGAUAAAGAAAACCAUUUUUAUUAAAUUAGGAAAAUGUAUUAUUACUGAAUACCAUAGGAGGGUUAGGAACAGUUGACCCAAAAAUAAAAAUGUUUUAAAAAAUAAUUUACUCACCUUCAUGUCGUUCCAAACCUGUAUGACUUUCUUCUAUGGACAAGGGCGUAGAUUUGGCAUGAUCAAUAGAAAUCCAUGUUUCCAUUGAUCAUGGUAUAAAUAAUGGGGGCCGUAGUUCUCAUUACUGUAACACAAUCACGAUUUAAAUAAUAUAUAAAAUUUAAAGGUAAAAUGUGCGGAAAUGUCAUGAACAUAAUGUCACAGUGUAAAAAAUCUUAAUAGCCCUAAAAAUAUGAAUAAUUUUCCAUAUGCAAAAUAUAAUUUCUUAUUGUUUCUUUUGAUUUUGGAGUAAAAUAAAACAUUUUGUUUGAAUCACCAAAAUCUCAGUGGGUCUGGCAUGGGUCUCGUAACCAAAUGUUGCAUGUCAAGAUUUUCAGUUAUUUUAUAGUGUUUUUCUCCAUUUUGGAGCUGGACAGAUCCUGGUCACUGUCUGUUUUCGUAAUAUGGAAAAGAACAGCUUGACAAUUCUGCUAAAUAUCUCUUUUUGUGUUUGUAAAGGAAAGAAAGACAUGCAGGUUUGGAAUUACUUAAAAGUGAGUAAAUAACAAAAUUUUCAUUUUUUAUGGACUAUUUCUUUAAAUGAAUUAUUACUGGAGCAUGUCAGUGUGAAAUAGCACUGUGUGAGCGUUUGUAUGUUUGUAUAUUUGUAGCUGGCAUUAUAUAUUUAUAAGGCAAUUGUAAUUUUUUUUCUUUUUUAUGGAAUCAGCAGGUACAAAAUACACAAGAUAAUGCAGGAAGUGUCUGUUAUCUUAUUACUCAAACUUACACCAUCCACUGUAUGACAGUUUUAUUUUAUUUUAUUUUAUUUUAUUUUAUGCUGUAUGGCUUCUAGGUGUGGGCAUUUUGUGUAUGUGUUUUGUACAAAUAUUAGUUUAUGAAAUAUUUUGUCAAUUUUCUAUGAUUUAUUUUAAUGCGAAAUUUACCUGAAGAUUCAGGCAAGAAUGAGUCAUGAUGUCUGACUUGAUGUUUAAUAUGAGGUUGUUUUUGUUUUUUUGAUUAUGUGAUGGCCCUGAUUGGUCGGCGGAAUCGGAUGAUGUCUCAUUGUUUGUCAAGACUGGAUGCUGAUUUUGCAUUUUUACACUGGUGUUGCAUGCAUUAUCUGAAAUGCAGACAGUUCUCUAUGCAAUAAAAAAGAAAAAUUAAUUCACAACACAUGAUCACUUGCUUUAUACACUGUGAAAUUUUUGUUAUGUUUUUAUAUGUUGUAUAUUGUAAAAAUAAAUAUCCAGCUGGGUGUG